AUGGAAAUAAAAGACGAUGAUUUUGUGAGAAACUAUUUAAAAACAAGUGAAAAUACAUCACAAAUAAGUGAAGAGCAGGUUACAGAGAUAAUUUACUCUGAAUUAAGAAAACUAAGAUGUACAGCAAUAUUAGCCAUUCAUAAUUCUACAAAGCGUAACAGCGCAAUUUUAACUCGUGAACGAUUGAAUCAUAUUGAAAGAUAUGUAGAAGACACGGAUAAUGGGUUCAAAAUGCGCGUACUUGGAAUAUUAGGUUUAGGGAAUGAAGGGACUGUAGAUCAUAAAAAAAUAUUUGUUGAAUAUUUAAAACAACUCGAUCUAGAUGAUCAUGCCAAAAAAUCGAUGGAUUAUAUUUACGAUCAGAGUAGAGAUGAGAGAAGAUGUCAAAAUCUAUUUAAUAACGAGACAAUAAACAAAAUAAGUAAUUUACUCAAGAGGAAUACUUUAGAUGAAGAGAUAAAAGUAACAGCUUGUGAAACAAUCAAUAAUUAUCUUUCACUCAAUUCUUCUGACGGUUUGGAUGAACAGCAACUCAGAAAUUAUAUUCAUUUCUUAAACAAUUCACAAUACAGCGAAGAUACCAUAGCUCAGGCAUUGAAAUCAAUAUUUUUAACCGUUGAGAAAAAUAAAGGUUUACCUGACUUUAUGAUCGAGAUACUCACUAAAAUCAUUAACAAAGGCAAGAGUAAACUUGAUAAUUUUUGUAUGUUAAUUAUAAAUGUUCAUUCUAAACAAAAUGUGAUAAAAAAUAUUGAUGAAUUCUCGGUAACAUUAUUAGAAGACUGGGUUUUAGUUCGAGAUGAUCACGAUAUUAGUUUCGAACAUAGUUCACAAGAUAAUCACGGUUGCCAAUUUAUGUCAUCGAUAGUUGCUGAGAUUUUUGUUAAUUCUUUGCAGCGGAAUAUUGAAAUAAGUGACAAAAGCAUUGAAAAUCUUGUUAAAGCAUUUAAUAGUAAUGAUAAACAAACUUGUAUUUUAUCAGCGAAGGCAUUAUAUUUGGUCUCACAAAAUCGCAUCAUUAAAAAUGAUGUCUUAUUGACAUUACAAGAAUAUGUAAACAGUAGUAUAUCCGAUGUUGCUAUCUAUUCAACAGUUGCGUAUGUGGGAGGUUUGGAAAGACUAUCGUCAGCUAAAAUACCUAUCUUGAACAGUCACAUUGAUUUUCUAUCCAAUGUUUAUGCAUUUGAAGAAUUGCAACUAGAACAAGAAAAUUUCACUGAUUCAGUCAAUCAAAGUGUUUUAAUUGUAUUAUCUAAUGAAGCAGAGUAUCAUUUGUUUGAAAAAAAUAUUAUUAAAAUUUUUGAUGAUAUUAUUUUGUUUGAGAAGAACUAUGUAGAAGAGGUAAUCGAAAUACUUAUUAAAUAUUCAGCCAAGGGAUAUUCUAUUGAAGAAAGUACAAUAUUUGCGUUGGAAAAUGUCGCUAGUAUAUCUCAGUGGUCGAUGAAAGUUUUAAAAUUAUUGGAAAAUAUAGUUUAUAAUAAUGGAGUUAUCAGUGAAAAACUUUUGCAUAUUGUAGCUGAUAACUUUUAUUUAUUAGACAAUGAUGAACAACGAAAACAGUCAUUUGAUAUUUUGGAUAAGACUAAUGACAAUCAAGAUAUAUCAGAUGAACUAUUUGACAAAUUGGAAUUAGAAAGGACGAGUCGAGCUAUUGGCGAGUCUUUAUCUAAUACUAGUAAUGCUAUUACUUACUUAUGUGAAAGGACUAAGGAAGGAAAUAAAGUUACGAUAAGUAUAUUCAGAGCAUUGAGUAACUUAGAUCUUGGUUCAUCAUCGAUAUCUAGUGAAAAUAUCUUUAGUGUUUUAUUAAAUGUUUCAAAAAAUCGACAGAGAAUACCGGAUAACUUAAUUAAUAAGCUUGUGAACAUAUUCAAUCCAAAACUUGAACAAUCUGCUUUGAUAUCUUAUUUGAUUGAAAUCUUUGAAAAUAUAGUUAAAAACAAUCAGGAUGUAUCACAAGGCCUUUCAGAGAAAUUAACACAAGCUUUAGAAAAUCCAGCAAUUUCUGAUCAAGUUCUAUUUAUUUUUCUACUUCAAGGACAAAGAGGUGAAAAUCUACCUGAAGGAAUCAUUCGAAAAAUUAUUGAAAAAUUUUUGUCUAUAAAAAAUCCAUUGGCUAUGUAUCAAUAUUUACCCUUUAUUUGUUCAAUUAUUGAAAAAGAGAUUUACUUCAAACGCCAUAGACAGGUUCUUUCUCAACAUACAGAUAGGAAUACACUCAAUAUAAGUGUAGUUUCUCUUGUUCAAAAAGCGUUAGUUCAUGCUCUUAAAACAGAUAAUCAAGAAGUUAUUUUUAAGAGUAUUAGUGGAUUAAAAACACUAAUUUCACAUGGUCAAAUAGAACUCGACAAAGAAACUAUUGAUCUCCUUUUACGAAUAGUGACCGACUUAGUCCUGGAUGGAAGUUUAAAAGAAGACAUUGUCGAAUUGUUAGGGCACUGUAAGUUAGAAGGUAAUCAGAAAUAUAAGUAUGAUUCAAUUGUUUGGGUACGUUAUACAGAUGCUGAACUUUUGGAUGCAUUGACUGAACUAGAGAAACCUACAUUAUUCAAGCAACUUUUUGAUCGAAUCAAUUCUAUAAUUAAUAACAAUAAAGACUUACAACCUCAAGCUCUUAGGGUUUUACGAAAAUGUUCAAAUAAGAAAAGUAUUCCGGAUGAAUUACUAGAAAGUAUUGCUGUUUUAUUAGAUAGUACUAACUCAGAACGAAUCAAGUCGUUAUGUUGUGAAUUAAUAAGUGAAAUAGCUCAAGCGGGAAGAGUCGUACCAGAUGAAAUCAUAUCACUUAUUGCUGAUCAGAAUCAAGAAAAAAAACUGCAAGAUAAAAUACAAUUAUCACCUCAUAUUGAUUUAAUGACAGGAACCAACCGAGAAAUUCUCGAUACACUUUUAAGAAACAUGCGAAAAGAAUUUCAAGAAAAUAAGAAAUUUUCUAAUAGAUCUAUUGAUCAGUUACUUACAUACAAGAUUUCAGAAGAAUACAUUCAACAUAACGGAGAAUUAGAGCAAGAAUUAACAGAUAUUUAUGCUUUAAUUCUAAAAGAUAAUUCGGAUGAUCGUUUUAAUCCAUUUAUUGAUGGUUUAGAAAAAGGAAUUUUAUCUAAAAGUAUAACGAAAAAUAUUUUAGACACGUAUAAAGAAAUUAUCAAACGAACACAAUGUAAAACAACAAAUUUCUCGAGAGUAAUCAAUAUGUUCAACAAUAUUCUAAAUGAGAAUAAUUAUCUCGAAUUUCAUUUUGACAUUUUUGUAUGUAUUGCUUUGGCUUCUGAAUUUACACAAAUUUUGGAGUUAAAACAACUAGAGAACAAUCUUUUUAAUGAGGAUGAUAAGUUUCGAAGUUGGGCGUUUAGAGAUUUAAGAGUAGCUGUUGAAAAAGGUUCAUCUUCUUCUGUAUUUGACAAAUGGUGCGCUGACAUCAUCAAUAAACUGGAAGAAGAAACUCAACUUGAAAUCAACAUAGAUUUUGAUCUGUUUGAAACUAUAGCCUCAUCUAAAUUCAAUGAUUUUAAUAAAAUUCGUAAUAAACCAAAAAAUCAAUGGAACAGAGAAAUUUUAAUUUUGGAUUUAAUAGAAAGGUUUCAAUUGAACGAAGGAGAAUACUCUACACUUUAUGUGGAGUGGUUUGGUAUUGAAAGGUGCAACGAAUACACGAGCGGUAUAAAUACCAUAAUUUUACAAAUGUUACAUCGUUUUCUAUUAAAUAAUCCUAUUUCUUUUGAUGAAUUUUGCCAAGCAAUAAAACUUUUAAAAGACGUUUCUUUUGAAGAUGGACAAAAGAUUUUAUCAAAUAGUAAGAAUCUACUUGACCUAAAAAAGGAAUAUCUAACAACAAUGAUACGUCAACGGUUAGAUAACAGAAAUAAUAUUGCACCACAAUAUAUUGAAAAGUUAUAUUCUGAUAUAAUGUCAAAAUUUGAUUUUGAUCUUAGUCAAAAAAUGUUGCAUGCACUUGAAUGUAUUGAUAGUUUAACAGAUUUUAAAGAUCUUCUGAAAUUCGCUGAAACAAAUAAUAUUAAAAUACCUGAUAUCUAUGUUGAGAAAAGAACAAUUAAAAUAUUUAGAAGAUCGUUAGAAAUAAAAGUUUUAGGAAAUUAUAUAAAAGAUAUUGAUAGGUUUAAAUUAGGUACCAUUCUGGAUAAAUUAUUAGAUCAGAGUUGGUUAUUUGAACAGUUAACUGUUCUAUUCAAAGCCUUUAAAGAAUCAAUUCAUCAAAAUGAGACAAAAUAUUUUGUGCAUGUUCUCGAAAUUCUAUCAAAUUAUAAAAUUUCUUCGACGAAUAAAGAAAAAAUUCUAUUAGCCUUGCAAGAUCAUAAGCCGGAAGAUUGGUCAACAGAAAUAAAUAAAAUUGCCAUUAAAAUUAAUUGUUCUGAUAAAGUUAGAGAGAAAAAUUCACAAGAAUUAGUUGAUGAAUUCAUUACUCAAAAUUCUCGCAAUGAUCACUUGAAACUUUUCAGUAGAGAAACAUUAUUAAAGUGGAUAAGAGAAAUUAAAGAUCAUUCAUUAACUUCUAGAAUCUUCCAUGAAGAAGACGUUAGUAGAUCUGUUCGAUUGAAGAAGAAAUCUAUUCAUGAAUGGAAUGAAAAUGACAUUUGCCUAUGGGCGAAAUUAGUGAAAAAUAAUGUCAGUCGUACAAAUAAAGAAAAUUUUAUCAUAGAAACCUUAGCAGUAAUAAAACGAGCAAAUUUAUUACACACUGGAUUUUAUUUAACAGAUACUCAAAUUUUAAGUUGUUUAAUUGCUUUAAAUUCGAAUAAUGAGAAAGGAAGAUUAUUACAAGUAGCAACUGGUGAAGGUAAAUCAACAAUAAUAAGUGUAUUAGCUGUAUUUUAUGUUUUAAUGGGUAAAAAAGUAGAUAUAAUUACCAGUUCUCCAGUACUUGCUGAAAGAGACGCAAAGGAAAAAGCUAAAUUCUAUAAAAUGUUCGGUGUUGGUUGUAGUCAUAAUAAUGACAAGGUAAUUUAUUUAUCAGGUCCAAAAGUUUGUUACAAAGAGGAUAUUGUUUACGGUGAAGUAGCACAAUUUCAAUUCGAUACUUUAAGAACAGAAUAUGCCCAAUUGAAUACAUUAGGAGAUAGAAAAUGUCAUGUUGCAAUAGUCGAUGAAGUAGAUAGUAUGCUUAUUGAUGAUAGUUCGAAGAUUGCCAGACUUUCAACAACGAUAUCUGGUAUGGAUCAAUUACAGAUAAUUUAUCAUUUAUUAUGGAAUCAUCUUUCGUUGUUACAAAAUAAAAUCAUUCAGAUAGAUGGUCAGAUGUUCUUGUUUUACGGGAAAACUGUAAUCGGAAAAGAUCAAAUUAUAUUGGAAUAUGGUGAUGAUGAUGGAAAUAUAAUGCGUAUUGAAAAUUUAAAAGAUUAUAUUGCUUCAACUAAAGAUAUAGGUCAUAUUGGAUUCAGAAUUCCAAAUGAUGACGGGGGUGAGAAGAUAAUUAAGAAUAGUUUAGAUAAAUAUUUUAGUUCGUUUAUUAUGCAGAAUAUUAAAAUACCAAAACAUCUUGAAAAUUUUGUUGAUAAGCAAAUCUCGAAGUGGAUAGAUAAUGCUAUAACAGCUUUAAUUUAUCAAGAAAACGUACAGUAUAUUGUACAUGAAGGUUUGAUUAAGCCAGUCGAUUACAACAGUACAGGUGUCGUACAGAAGUCUUCGAACUGGAGUGAUGGAUUGCAUCAAUUUUUACAACUGAAACAUAAUUUGAAAAUGACAUCAGAAACUCUCACUACUAAUUUUCUAUCAAAUGUAGGAUACUUUAAAAGGUACGGUUCGAAUUUAUUUGGUCUUACAGGAACACUUGGUUCAAAAAAGGCUAAAGAGGUAUUACAAAAAGUUUACAAUUUAGAUUUAGCUCUAAUUCCUAGUUUACGUCAAAAACAACAUCUUAUAUUUCCUGAUAUUUUAGUAGAUAAUGAGAGUCAUUGGGUCAAAGAAAUACGUGACUCUGCAAUCCUUGAGGCAAAGAAAAAGAGAGGAACUUUAAUUAUUUGUGAGACAAUCGAACACUGUAAGAUAAUAGAGGAAGAGCUUCAACAUAAAUAUCGUUCGAGUCCGAUUAAGGUUUACACAAUGAAUGACAUGAAUCAAGAGCAAAAUGUUGAAGUCAUACAUCCUGGAGAAAUAAUCAUUGCAACUAAUCUAGCUGGACGUGGUACAGAUAUAAAAACUGAUAAAAUAGAAGAACACGGUGGUCUUCAUGUUAUUGUAAGUUUUAUGCCGAUGAAUCAGCGUGUUGAAGAACAAGCAUUUGGUAGAACUUCACGACAAGGCAAACGAGGUACGAGUCAAAAAAUAUUAAAUGCAGUUCAUCUAAUUCAUUAUGGAAGCUUCAACAUAGAGGAGAUUACAAAACUUAGAGAUGAAAAUGAAGCAAAGAUCUUAGAUGAAUUUGAACAAAAUGAAUUAAAAGUAAUUAACUUAAAAGAUAAUCUCUUCUCUAAGUUCUGUUCUUUAUUGAAUGAAAUACGUAUGAAAAUUAGGAAGAAAACAAACUUUUUUACAGAUAAAAAGAAUGCUAUUAAGAGUGUAGUGGUAAAUGUGAAACCAUCUGCUAUUGAAUCGAAUACUUUACUUAGUAUUGAAGAACAAUGGGUGAUGUUUUUACGUAAAAUUGAUGAUGAAAAUUCGCCUAUCGAUAUCGAAACAAUUCAUGCUCAAUUCGAUAAAUUUGCUAAAAGAAUACGAGAUGAUUAUGAUAAAGAAUGUGUUAUUGAAAACCCUUAUUAUCAUAUUAUCAUUGGUAAUGAUUUAGUUAUCAAUGAUUCGUCACUUAAUAGUAAAUAUAAUGAAGCGAUGAAACAUUUUAAUCGAGCCAUAGAUCUUGAUUCAGAUCAAUGUGCAGCUGCAUUUGUUGGAAAAGGAUGGCUUUUAUUAAAAGGUAAAGAAAGAAUUAUUGUUUCGAAUGAGCAAGAACUAAGUUAUAAGGAUCUAGCUAUUAUACAAUUUCAACGAGCAGGUGACAUUUUAAGUGAAGAAAUUAGUCGCUUGACAUCAAUUCAAACACUUUUAUUCAAUCGAUGUUCCGACACACAAACUCCUCUCUAUAAACAGUUAAUUCAGAAAAGUAGUAUUUUGGUUACUUAUCGCAAUAAUAUUGAGAAUCUUAUUAGUAUUAUAAGAAAAUCUCAAAGAUUAAUACAGAUAGAAGAAACAAUCCAUUAUUCGAAUCAAAACGAGAGUCGAACCGAUAUUUGCAUGUUAGAAGAAACGAUUUCAUAUGAAGAUGUUGAAAAAGAUAUUGGAAAAUUUUGUGAAAUACGUUUAUUGUCUUCGGAUAGUGACAACUUUGAUGUAACUGCUGUUCGAGAGUGUAAAGAAAUCAUUAUUAAAAAAGAUCAAGAAGAAUUCAUAGUGAUUUUUAAAGAAACAGCAAAAGAUCAAUUGAGUGAAUGGAGAGUAAACAACUCUAAGCUUCAAAAGUGCCUUUCAUCUCUAUGUUACAAUGACAAUAUUCUUGAUAAGGGCAAACACUCCGAAAUUUACAACCAAAUUUACCAAAAUGUUACAUAUCACAAAGGUUGUAUUCGAGGAAAAUUUGUAGCGACUUUUAAGAAUGAAUCAAAUGGUAGAAAAUAUGAAGUAACAUUUAAUGACUUGACUUUUAGAAAAGACACAAAAACUAUAGAUCAAGCUAUCGACACUAUCAAUGCAGCAGUAAAAGAAUUAUCGAAUACAUCUAGCUUACGGUUCCCAAACCGAAAACACUUUUUAAAAACAGACUAUCAACAAAUUAGUGUGAGUCUGUUAGACAUUAAUUCGGACACUUUGAAACAACUAUUCAAUCCUAACAUUGAAGUUAAACAUGUUGCAAAAAAAAUAGCAUUAGCACAUUUAAAAGAUAAAAGUUCAUUUUUUCAUCGUCAUGUAUUACCGAAAAAUUUCCGUCCCGAUUCAUAUCAAGUCGAUUUAGACAUUAUUCAUGAUAAUAACAUUGUCGAAGGAAAAAAGGGAAUACAAGUUAGAGAAGCUAUAGAAAUCAUUAAAAAUACAACAGAAAAUAACGCAUAUUUCAACAUAAGUUUUCUCUCUGCGAAUGAUAUAUUUAAAGGUAUUAAAGAGGAAGUAAUAAAUUGCUCACGAAUAACUGCUGAAUUUAUCGAAAUAAAUGGACAAGAUGUUGCAAACAAAGUGGCACAGAUUACGUCUGAAAGUAUCAACCUUGUAAUAUUCGAUAAAAAAGAAGAAAUUUUGAAAGUAAUACAAUCUGUAGAUAAAUCAAAAAUAGAAUUGUAUUCCUCUCGAAGAAAAAAACAGAAAUUUGAAGAUAAGACACAUGCUGAGAAAGUAAUUCAGAAUAGUUCAGAGAAAACAGCAGCUAUUCGAUUAAUCGGAGUGAAUCCAAAGUAUAUCAAAACCAUUAUUGAUAUUUGUCGAGAAGGAACUUUUAAUAUUAGUUUUAUUAGAAUAGAUACUCAGAGUGUUUUAAAUGGAAUUGAUGAAAAAUCAAUGAACAUUUAUUUUGAUAAAUUAGAAGAGGAAACAGCUGAAUUUCUUAUUCAACAAAUAAGAAAGACAAAUGCCAAUAUGAGUUUGACAUUCAAAGACUUAGAUCAAAAUCAGGCGCGAAAAAUUAUAGAGAAAGCUCCAAUAAAUACAGAAAACAUUCAAAUAAACAAGACCAAAAGUCUAAGAGAAAUAUUUAUGAAUGAAUUAAGACCAGAUUUAGAACUUUCAGAAUUUUUCGGACGAGGCAUCGAAUAUUUACUUGAAAUUAAUGAGAAGAAUUUCAUUCCAUGGAUUAGUAUCAGCAUUGUAGCUGGUAUAGCUGCUGUUCAAAUGGCAGUAGGUGGAGCUCUUGUAGCAACUGCAUUUGGAGCCAGCGUAGGGAUGGGUCUAAUUACUGAAGGAGCAGCAGAUUUUUUCGUCGCCCAUCGUACCUAUAGCACAAGACAGUUUAGUUGGUCAGACUAUGGAAAGCAAAAAGCAAUUAGUUUGACUAUAUCAGCAGCUUCAAUGGGAAUUUCAGCAAUUAAGGAUGCAGGAAAAGGAGUGAACACUAUUUUCACUGCUACAACAGAAGAAGUACUUGAGCAAACUGGUACAUAUGCAAUAAAGAAUAAUAGAGCAGCACAGAAACUAUUAAUUAAGACUGGAAAAAAUUUGAAAAGCUUAUCUAUGAAACAAAUAGGAGUCACCAUCGGUGAAAAUGUACUAAGAGAAGGCUUAAUUGAGUUGUCAAAUGUCGGAACUCACUUUGUAUUCGAGCAAAUGAAAAUGCAGAUUUCGAAUUCAAUUCAAGAGAAGGUUAUUAAUAAGUUCUUUAAUUCGCAUUUGAUGACAAUUAUACGUAAAAUGUUUGCACUUGACAGAAGAAAUAAAAAUCAGAUAUUUGAAGAAAAAAUCAAUAGAAUAAUAACUGGAAUGAUCAAUCAGAAACGUAAUUUAUGGCGUAAACAAUUAGUUUCUAUUGGUGGCCAUUUAUGUCGUGGUAUUUUAUCAGAUACGAAUAAAUUGCGAACACCAGCAAGUUUAAUUCUGCGAAUAGUUAGUACUCUUAAUGGAACUUAUGAACUUUGUGUUAUUAUUGAAGAGACUCAUCAGCAGCUGCUAGAUAAACUUAUAGAAAUAGAUAAAGAAACUUUAUCAAUGGAACGAAUUUUCUGCUCGUAUUGUUCAUUCAGUGAUGAGUCUUCACAGGAUAUGGUGAACGUUCUUGCGAGUAAUGGGAUAGUAGAACUAAAUAAAGAAUUAGCAAGCAAAGAUUUACUUCAUAAAUUAGAUAACAUCAACAUUGAUGGAUUUUCUGACGAUCAGUUGGAAAUGAGUGAUUUCAGUAAGAUGAUGAAACUAGUAUCAGACAUCAUUACAGAUGAAGUCUUGAAAAUAACAGAAUCGCAACUUAUAUCGCCAUGGAGUAGUUAUCUUAUGGGUGAGGCAACAAAAGCUAUUUCAGAAAGAGUACAACACUAUUUUAUUGUUAAUGAAAGGCAGAAUGCACCGAGUCAAAAUCAAGAAAACGAAGAAACAGAAUAUAAUACAAUUGCUAAACAAAUUCGAGCUAAUGCUAGAGAUUACAUAGGAACGAAAUCUUAG